UUCGAUAUUGUAAAUCGAAUAAAUUAUUCUUAGUGUUGGUUUUUAUUUAUUUUAGUUUCCUCGAUAUUUUAGUUUGUUGGAGUUUAUAUAUUUUCCACUGUGGGUGCAGGUUAUGUUGGUUAUGGACAUGGAAGUACCUGCAUUUGUCCAACCUGUACAACGCAAGAGGAGGAGAGAUUCCAAAAAUGUGUAGGCGGCUCGUGAAGACGAUACAGAUAAAUGUGCGAAGGCUCACUUCCCUGAGGAGACUUCUGUCGGAGUCCUGGAUAUUCUCCUGUGUCACCGCUCUUGUGGUCAGAGCGAUCUUCUCUGCUGUAUGCUCCCAGUACAUGGAGAGACUUUGUUUUGAUGAUUACGAUUUAAAUGGUGAAUACGGAGGUGUCCUCGUCGAAGGUUCCUUGUGCAGACUGUCCUACGCAAGAGGAAGACGGGUUCCAAAAUAUGUGAGUGGUCCCAGAAGGCGUAGUCAACGUGUGAAGUGUCGUGGGCCAAGAACGAAGAAUCGUGUGACAUUUGUGUUGAUUAUGUUCGUUGCUGAUAUAUAUAUAUAUAUAUAUAUAUAUAUAUUAUUUUGUUGGUUAAAUCUUUAGUCAGUUUAGUUGAAUAUUCUGUAAUAUAAUAUUUGCAAAGUAGUUUUGUAUAUUUUAUUGUGUUUAUUUGAUUAUUAGUUGUUUGACUUGAUAAUAAUAAUAUAUAUAUAUAUAUAUUUAUUUUACAAUAUAAAAUUUCUUUGAGUUUAUUAGUUUUAAUAUGUGAUAUCUUGCGUUUUAUUUCUUUUACAUGUGUUAGGUUGUGUAUAUAUAUCUAUAUGUGUAUAUGUCCCAUGAUGUAACUUCGUAUAGAAUUCUUUUAAUAUUAAAAUGUUAGUUACUCUUAA